AAACGUAUCAGAAUAAACUUGCUUUAGCUUCUUCUCCCAAACGAAAACGAUUCUGUCUCGUGCAAACCCUCCGCCGCCGUUCAAGUCCGGCCCGGCCACGAUCUUCACUUCCGGUGGUAACGCACGGAAGCUCUUUCUACCUCCGUUUCUCUACUCCAUAUUCCACACUGAUUCUCUCAUUCGAUUCCAUUACUGCACUUCACUCCACCGAAGAAUCAAAUAUAUCUUCAAAAUAUGGGAGCACCGAAGAAGAGUGCCGCUAGGGUUUCAGAGGAUCACGACGACCUCGUUCGCGUUCCGUUACAAGCGAUUCUCAUAGCCGAUAGUUUUACUACAAAGUUCAGACCUAUCACUCUUGAACGCCCCAAAGUGCUUUUGCCACUGGUGAAUGUUCCGAUGAUAAAUUACACAUUGACAUGGCUUGAAUCGGCUGGUGUAGAAGAGGUUUUUGUUUUCUGUUGUGCUCAUGCGAAACAGGUGAUUAACUAUUUGGAGAAAUCUGAGUGGUUUUCUCAUCCUAAUUUCACUGUAACAACUAUAGAGUCGCAGAAUUCUGUUAGUGCUGGAGACGCAAUGCGUGUUAUCUACGAGCGCAAUGUGAUACAAGGAGAUUUUGUUCUUAUCAGUGGAGAUACUGUAAGCAACAUGUCACUUACUCAAGCACUUUUAGAACAUAAAGAAAGGAAGAAGAAGGAUAGUAAUGCUGUAAUGACCAUGGUUAUCAAACGGUCUAAAACCCAUCCAGCAAUCCAUCAGUCUCGACUUGGUACCGAUGAAAUUUUCAUGGCCAUUGAUCCGAAUACGAAGCAACUUUUGUCUUAUGAGGAUAAGGCAGACUAUUCAAAAGGCACUUUACAUCUUGAAAAUUCAUUGCUUGCUGAUAAUCCUUCCCUCUCUUUGCACCAUGACAAGCAGGAUUGUUACAUCGACAUUUGCUCACCAGAAGUCCUUACCCUAUUUACAGACAAUUUUGACUACCAACAUCUUCGGCGACAUUUUGUCAAGGGACUGCUUGUUGAUGAUAUAAUGGGAUAUAAAAUUUUUGUGCAUGAAAUCCGCUCAGACUAUGCUGCAAGGAUUGAUAAUUUCCGAAGCUAUGCCACUGUCAGCAAAGAUAUAAUUCAUAGAUGGACAUAUCCACUGGUCCCUGAUGUUAUGAAUUUUGGCAACACAACUACUAAGCUUGAAAGACAGGGAAUAUAUCGUGCCUCAGAAAUUUCACAAUCACAGUCAGCUGUUGUCGGCCCGUUCUCUGUUAUUGGAUCUGGCACCAAAAUUGGCAACAACACUAACAUUUUAAAUUCCGUUGUGGGAGGAGGAUGUAAAAUCGGAUCAAAUGUACACAUAGAGGGGUGCUAUAUAUGGGACAAUGUCACCAUAGAAGAUGGUUGCGAACUUAGGCAUGCCAUUGUAUGUGAGGGGGUGAUCAUGAAAUCAGGAUCUGUUCUGGAACCUGGUGUAGUAUUGUCUUUUAAGGUUAUAGUUGGGCAGGAGUUUGUUGUUCCUCCUUAUUCACAAGUAUCGCUACUACAGCAGCCAAUUGAGGAAGAUAGCGAUGAAGAGCUCGAAUAUGCUGAUAGUACUAGUGUCAUCACCAGCACAGUGGAUAAGUCAGAGGGAGAGUUUGCUUCAGAAUUAUCGGAUGCACAUUAUAACCCUACUUCAGAGCUAGGUUUUGGUGGGGUUGGUUAUGUUUGGCCAAAAUGUGAAGGAGGGCACGAGGAAGAGUGGAGGCAUUCAAUGGCGCCUAUUACUGAAGAUAAAAUUUUGGAGGCAGUGAAAGCUAUGGAAAAUGAACUGGAGUUAAUUCAUGAUGGCAAUACUCUUCCACCUUCUGGGGAGCUGAUACCUAAUUCUAAUGAUUCAGACGAUGAUAAUGACGAUUUAAGAGAUGACUUUGAUAAGGAGGUUGAAGCAACUUUUCUCAGGGCUGUGCAUGAAAACAUACAAGACGUCCAUUUGACUUUAGAAAUCAACUCUUUGAAGUUGUCAUACAAUAAGAUAACUGCUGAUUGUGCUGGAGCUUUAUUUUAUGCAAUGAUGAAGCAUGCUGUAGACAUGCCUCAUAGUUCAGCUGAUAGCUUGAUUCAGAAUGUAAAUGCCAUAAUUACAAAAUGGAAAAAGGUUCUUAAAUCCUAUCUGAAUGAUAUGGACGAACAGAUCGAAGUGAUUCUAAAGUUUGAAGAAAUGUGUUUGGAAUCUGCCAAGGAGUUUGCUCCAUUGUUCACAAAGAUUUUGCACUACCUAUAUAAUGAAGAUAUUGUAGAAGAAGAUGCUAUUUUGAGUUGGGAAGAUGAGAAAAAGGACGCAGAUGAGUCGGAUAAAGUAUUCGUAAACCAAGCCCAAAAAUUAAUUCAAUGGCUAAAAGAGGCUCCUGAAGAAGACGAUGACGAGGAAGAAUAGAAAGAAUUUUGAGACCAGAAUAUCAAUAUUUUUGUUCAGGUGCUGUACCAUCUUGGGAGCUUAAGAGGGAUUUUUGUGCAUUAAUCUAACCUUUAAAUUCAAGUGUGAUUCUCUUUUCACAUGGAAUUUUUGUUCUUUUUAGUUAGGAUUCAAAUUAGGAAAACACCAGUUGAGUCAUGUAUUUGUUUUAAUAAUUACCUUAAAAGAGACAAAAAGAAAAAGGCUUAUACAAUACAAAUAUACUUUAUUGUUAGAAGAAAAAGGAGAUUAGAUACGAUUGUUUUCUACA